CGUCUAAGAUUCACAUAUUUUUUUCAAAACCACGUCAAAAGCGAGACAAAUACGCAGAAGAAGGUAUAUAUUGCUUUUGCAUCCACUGUUUUGGACAGGAAUCCAAAAACAUGCUAACAAACUACAUCUCUUUCAACUUCAACCACGUCCCAUCCCAGACUCCAACAACAUCCAACAUUCAAUUUAACUUCAUUGCUGCUAAAUCAACAAAGAAAUAGAGAGAUGGGGCACAAAGAAAAAUCAAAGGGUAAAGACAAGAGAUUGCAACAAAUCUCUCUCUUGAGAACCAUUCCUUAUUCUGAUCACCAAAGGUGGUGGUCUAAGGAAACCAUUGCGGUGGUUACUGGUGGAAACAGAGGAAUUGGGUUUGAGAUUUGUAGACAACUUGCUGAUCAUGGAGUGACUGUUAUACUGACAUCAAGAGACACUGGCGUUGGUGUUGAAUCUGUCAAGGUCUUGCAAGAAGGUGGUUUCGCAGAAGUGGCUUGUCAUCAACUUGAUAUAUUGGAUUCUGAAUCUGUCAACCAAUUUGCUGAGUGGUUGAAGGAAAAUUAUGGUGGUUUAGACAUUCUGGUAAAUAACGCUGGUGUUAAUUUCAAUCAAGGGUCUGAUUUGACUGUUGAAAAUGCUCGCAAGGUUAUUGAAACAAAUUAUUAUGGCACCAAGAGAAUGGUUGAAGCAAUGAUUCCAUUGAUGAAGCCAUCCGCUGCUGGUGCUCGUAUUGUAAGUGUGAGCUCACGUGUAGGUCGGAUGAAUGGCAAACGACAUAGAAUAGAAAAUGACGAGUUGAGGGAGAAACUAAGUGAUGAUGAAUCCUUGUCAGAGGAAAUGAUUGAUGAAUUCUUAUCUACUUUUUUACAACAAGUAGAAGAUGGAAGCUGGAAAUCACAUGGGUGGCCUCAAACGUUCACUGACUAUGCAGUGUCAAAAUUGGCAGUUAAUGUUUAUACAAGGUACAUGGCAAGGAAGCUUUCUGAAAGGGAAGAGGGUCAAAAAAUUUACAUAAAUUGUUAUUGCCCUGGUUGGGUGAAAACUGCUCUAACAGGUUAUUCAGGAAGUGUCACAGUUGAGGAAGGGGCUGAUACUGGAGUUUGGCUUUCCCUUCUUCCUGAACAGGCAAUUACAGGCAAGUUUUUUGCAGAAAGAAGGGAGAUUCACUUUUAAGCACAAAGGGUUAUUAAAGAAAGGAAAAUUAUAAGUUUGGUAACUUAUGGUUUGUGUUAAGAGCAAACAACACAUUAAGAGAGUCUUUGUUAUUGAUAGAUGGCCAGUGCAUCAUGAUUUAAUCUGUGACAUUAGAAUUAAUGGUAUUUGAGACCAGUUUGAUGAACAAAUUCAUGUCAUCAAGGAUAAUUUCAUCACCAGCAAUUUAAAGUUUUCCCCCUAUCAUAAAUAUAUCAUGUUGUAAGACAUUUUUUUUAAUUUCUUUUUAUUUUCAGUGGUAAGGUCAUCAUUGGACUUUCUCUAGGACAAACAAAAGUAUGUUUUUAUCCGUGUUUUUACAAUAUUUUGAUUAUUUUCUAACGAAGUUGA